GUGAACGGGAGCAUUUGAUAUAAAAAGUCAAGCUUCCAGGAUCCUGCAGUCACUCCAACUCCAAGUUACUAUCUGGCCGGUUGUGUGCUCCGAGGACACCGACGCACAAGGAAUCUACUCUACCUUCAGACAUGUUGCUGUUUGUGAUCAGCUUUGCCGCUUUAGUUUGCACCAUCGCUGCACGGCCUCCACUCGGCUACCUGGAGAAUCAGUUCACCGCCGAGUCAGGGGAAGUACGCUCAGCUGCAAUCAAGAGACUUCUGGAAGUUUUUGGGAUGGAUGAUCCUCCUGCUAUGCAUGGACACAAACAGCCACCUCAGUACAUGCUCGAUCUGUACAACACUGUUGCUGAUGUGGACGGUGUGACAAAGGACCCGUAUCUGCUGGAGGGGAAUACUGUGCGCAGCUUCUUUGACAAAUUGCGCAGUGAACAGGUGGAGUUCAGGUUCAAUUUGUCCACGGUUGCAAGAACUGAGAAGAUUCUCACUGCAGAGCUGCAUCUGUUCAAGCUGAGACCUCAGGCUACACUGACAUUCAACAGACACCAUUUCUGCCAGGUUAGUGUUUAUCAGCUGCUUGACACCAGCAAAAACAACAACACACAGGAGAAGAAGCUGCUGUCCUCUAGACUGAUUCCAAUCCACUCUACUGGCUGGGAAGUGUUCACCAUUACACAAGCAGUCCGCUCCUGGAUGAGCGAUGAACGCAGUAACCUGGGGCUCCAUGUGGUGGUUCAGACUCUUGGAGGAAGUCAGAUGGAUCUGAAGCUGAUCCGCUUCGCUUCAGGACGCAACCAUCACCAGAGCAAACAGCCCAUGUUGGUCCUCUUCACGGACGAUGGCAGCCGCUCCACUACUCUAGAAAACACUGACCCGAACGAUACAGAAGUCAGCUCCGACCUGCCCUCAGCCCCCAUGUCAGGCCCUCCCCCCCGCAUCGCCCGCUCCCUGGACUACAGCGAGGAGGACCGUGCCUCUUCGCCCUGCCAGCGCCAGCCCCUCUACGUCGACUUUGAGGAGAUCGGCUGGUCGGGUUGGAUCGUGUCUCCUCGCGGCUACAACGCCUACCACUGCAAAGGCUCCUGCCCCUUCCCCCUGGGUCAGAACAUGAGGCCCACCAACCACGCCACCGUCCAGUCCAUCAUCAACGCUCUGAAGCUGAUCAAAGGCAUCGAUACACCCUGCUGCGUCCCCGACAAGCUCUUCUCCAUCAACUUGCUUUACUUUGAUGAUGCAGAGAAUGUGGUGUUGAAACAGUAUAAUGACAUGGUGGCAGGAAGCUGCGGCUGCCACUGACACAUCAGGGUCAGGCUGUACAUACAAAAUACAAUGUAAAUCAGGGUUUGAUGCAUGAAUAGCCAGCUGCCCUUUAACACUUAGUUGCAUCUAAUGAGUAAUGUGCAUAGUCCCAGAUGUGGUGUUGUAAUAUAUGUAAAUAUUCUUAAAUUAUAAUAUAUGGCAGUGAUGGAAGUGAUAUCCUGUGAAAGAUGUGUAUAUUUUCUGUUUUCUGUUGUGAUUUGUUCCACAGUCAGAAUAAAUGGUGUAAACAAAUA